AUGUCAACUCUAGUGCGAGCCGCAACCGAUGUCACUCUUCAUUAUGGACCUCGACCAAUACAACCACAAAUGCGGGAGUUGAAGUCUGAGAAAGGUGGAAGGGAUAAAAAUUUCUGCGGAGCCCAUUCGAUGGAAGAAUCGCCCACGUCGAAAAAGCUAGAGAAGGAAGCAAAAGUAACGCUGGGAAAAUCAACAGUUACGUCUAACCCAGCGUGCCUCGUCUGUAAAGAUCCCAAUCAUCGAGUGAAGGAGUGUGCCGAAUUCUCAAGCAAAAGCUUAGAUGAACGAUGGAAAACUGUGCAACAGUUUGGACUCUGUCGGAACUGUCUAGGCGCCCAUGGACGACGACCGUGCAAACUUUAUAGGCGAUGCGGAAUUGAUGGGUGUCUGUUGAAGCAUCAUACAUUGUUGCAUUCCCAACCGAAUCACCAGAGAGCUAAUCGAGACAAGGGCGAGGAAAAUGUUGCUGGUUCCAAAGCUGUCACCAACCAUCAUUACGCAGGGAAAACUACGCUCUUUCGUAUUAUCCCGGUUACGCUAUUCGGAAACAAUCGAUCCGUUGCAGUGUACGCCUUUUUGGACGAUGGAUCAGAACGGACUCUGGUCGAGCAGGACGUGGUGAACAAACUUGGCGUUGAAGGUGAACAUAUUCCCCUGUGUCUGCAAUGGACCUCAAAUGUGAAGCGGACCGAAAGUGAUUCCCAGCGAGUUGUUUUGCAAAUAGCAGGGUCUAACGGGUCGAAACACACUUUGUCAGAUGUUUGCACUGUUAGUCGACUGGAUUUGCCGCGACAAUCAUUGCAUUAUUCUAAACUUACUGAGGCGUACACCCAUUUACAAGGGUUACCAAUUCAAGAUUAUGAUUAA